AUGGAAAAUAGCCAUAAAAUGGAAAGCAAUGCAAGUAGCUUUGAAAAUUUAGAUGAGAAAUACAGAUAUACCUCUGUUGGUUGUCUAGUAGACUACCUCAAAGCCAAUGGCCACACUCCAAUAGAAGUCCUAAUAGACUAUGUUAGCUCUAUAAGGCACUUGAUGACCACUAGUGAGGGAAAGCCGUUCACCAAAAAUGCCUUUGAAAUCGUUGACUUUGCCUUGAAAUGGUAUCCUAAAAUAUUUAAAUUAGAUGGUCAAUUCAACUACUACUUAAACGUAAAAAUAAUUUAGGAAGAAGAAGCCAUAAAGCAUAAAAAUCAUUUCAAAACUGAAAAGUCCAGACGCACAAACCAUUAUAGGAAACGAGCAGAAAUUAUAAAAGAGAAGAGAAGGAUGAAACGCAUUAAAAAUCAAAUAGAAAGCGAUUUAAACGGAUCACCUCAAAACUACUCGGUCAUGACUAAAGCUUACUUGAUGCUUUCUUCGGAAAAUAAGGAAAGAGCAGAUAAUCUUAAGAAGAUUAUUGGAGAGGCUUAUACCGCAUUCAUAAAUAAGGCUUUAAGCUAA